AACAAAACCGCCAACAAAUAACACGAUAAUUCCUCUUACCAGAACCGGUGCCUUGCCGGAUAGCAGGCACUGAAAUGGCGGCCAGUGGUGGUGGAAGCGGCCAGCUGACGUACAGACCGUAUCGUCAUCUGAGAACUCUGAGAGGACAUAGCAAGGCUGUCUCCUGCGUUAAGUUCUCGAACGACGGGACUCUGUUGGCAUCGGCAUCCCUCGAUAAAACCCUAAUAAUCUGGUCAGCCUCCACCUUGGCUCUCGUCCACCGUUUAGUGGGUCAUUCCGACGGCAUAUCGGACCUGGCUUGGUCUUCUGACUCGCACUACAUCUGCUCGGGGUCCGACGACCGGACCCUCCGAAUCUGGGACGCCCGAUCUCCCUUCGACUGUCUCAAGGUCCUCAAGGGUCACUCCGACGUCGUUUUCUGUGUUAACUUCAAUCCUCAGUCCAAUCUCAUAGUCUCCGGUUCAUUCGACGAGACUAUCCGCAUCUGGGAGGUUAAAACCAGCAAGUGCCUUCGUGUGAUUAGAGCUCACUCCAUGCCUAUCACUUGCGUCCACUUUAACCGCGAUGGCUCCCUUAUUGUCUCCGGUAGCCACGAUGGAUCUUGCAAAAUCUGGGACGCUAAAGAGGGUACCUGCUUGAAGACCCUCAUCGAUGAUAAAGACCCCGCUGUUUCUUUCGCCAAGUUCUCCCCCAAUGGAAAAUUCAUUCUUGUCGCUACUCUUGAUAAUACUCUUAAGCUGUGGAAUUACUCAACGGGGAAGUUUCUGAAAGUUUACACGGGUCACACGAACAAGGUUUACUGUAUUACAUCUGCCUUCUCCGUGACGAAUGGGAAAUACAUUGUUAGCGGGUCCGAGGAUAAUUGUGUUUACUUGUGGGAUUUGCAGCAGAAAACUAUGGUUCAGAAGCUUGAAGGUCAUACUGAUACUGUUAUUUCUGUAAGCUGUCACCCCAGUGAGAACAAAAUUGCUUCUGCUGGCCUAGAGAGUGAUAAAACUGUGAGGAUAUGGGCGCAAGAUGCUUGAACUGUUCAAUGAUGUAUGGUUGGGUUAGGUUACUAAUUUAACUAGGAAAAGUUGGAUGGUUAUGCUUCUUGUCUUUGUAGGAUAAAGUUUUAUAUGAAAUUCUCUUGAUCAAUGAUUACCUGAUUCCAUAUUUAAACCGUUGAAAUGAACAUUGGCUGGUCUGUAUUGGAGGCAUGGCAAAAUACGAACAGAAAAGGUAUUGAAUUUAUUCUUAUGGCAGUUUUGUGUUUGUUGACCUUGCAUUAUCUGAAUUCACCAAAAGUUCUCGAUCUAUUCACCUAAAAAGAAAUGGUGUUGUUUGUGGAUUAACCUUCCAUUAGAUGUUUUACGCCUCCAAGAAUCUGUCUGUUUGCUUAGGCCUGUUUGUCCUCAUUCGCGUUUGUGUUAAUCUUCAUAUUGUGUCUCCUGUUUACUCUGGAUGUUUUAGUUUUCUUAUUAUGCUGUUAUAGGAAUCACACAGGUCAUCUAGGUAUCUGGGUCAAUGAUUAUUUUUUUGAGAAGCCUUACAUUUAGGAAGCAUGUUUUCCAUCAUUGAACUUUCUAAAAGAUGAAACUUUAGGUAUGUAGCUUUUGUUUUCCAUUAAGUCACAGCUCAUUUUCAAGUUGUGAUAUUGUGCUAGUUAACAUAGAAGUGUUGGUAAAUUGUGUUUCCUAGAUGACUGUGAAACUUAGUUUUGAGCAUCAGGACACUUACAUAGUUUCAAAAGCAUCAACAUGAUUGUUUAAUUUAAUUUGUAUUGAAUAUAAUCUCUUAUCUGUAUUCUUCACAUUCUUGGUUUAAUCUAGCACAUUAGGAUCUCUCCAUAUUCCUGGUUUAGUCUGAACAUCAGGAUCUUUUCUUGUGCUAUUCUGUUGUGGGGUUGGGGCUUAAAGUGCUAAGACAGUGUGGAAGUGUUGUGCUGAGAAAGGAAUUGCAGAAUCAUAUAGCAAAUCUCACAUUGUAAACUAUUCCCAGCGGUCAGUUUAUGAAAUCAAAUACCCCAAGAAGUGCAUUAGGUCGCACUCAGCAGGAUCUAAACAUCAAUGUUCCGACUGCAAAAUGUUUUGGUGAGACAGAUUGCAUUAAGUUUUGUGAUAUAAGUUGAUGCCUGCUGCAUUUUGACAUUAUAUUUGCUAUGGCUUUUGGUAUUUAUUGCACUUUAUUGUUGUGUGCAUGAUAUGUUGAUGGCUUGACAAGUCAACUUUUUAUCCUAGUUAGUGAGUUCAUAAAUGGUAUUCCGUUCUAAUGAUGUUGUAUUCAGUUUGCUUUUAUUGGAAGUUUAUUUACAAAAAAAAAAAGGUUUAUUUUUAUUGGAAGAAUGAUGUAGAACAAACUAAGGUUGCUUUGCCUGUGCUGAGAACCUCAGGAUUCUUAGGUAUCACCAUCACACUUGGGAUUCUUUGAGUGUCACAUAUAAGCAAACAUUUGAUUGCAUCACAGUAGUCAUACAUGACAUUUCUGUUCAGAAAAUUAUCUGAAUGUGAAUACUGGCUGUCUCAUAAUUGAGUUGAAAGAUAUUUGUAGCUGUUACAAUAGUACCAUUAACAUGCUCUGCAAAUUUAAAAUAAAUCCAUCCACAAAUAUGUUUGUUCUUAUUAUCAUUAUUGCAACCUCAUCGAGGCUUCUGGUGUUCCUGCAUUGGUUUACCAUAGCAGCCUAAGCAUGUUCACUUGCAUGCUUAAUUAAAAAUUCACCCCUUGAUUUGUCAUCUCUGGCUGAUACUUUUUUACUAUAGUCAAUUCCUUACUUUUGACAGAUAAAAGGAAUGAUAAAUGGGUCGUUUUAGUUCUCAUGUUAUGACAAUAUUAUUGAUGAAGAUUUGGAUGUAAUGAAUUCUGUUAUUGUCCACAAGGAUUGUUGCCCUUCUGGUGAGUAAAGCAAUGACAAAGCAGGUUUGUGUUUAUCGGCUAUCUUCUUUCAAAUAUACCCUGCUAAUCCUGCCUUUUAUUUUUGUUGGCUUUGUCUUUUAUAGGGCUUUCUUGAAUUGGACGAUGACUACUAUUAAAGGUGUUUGUUGAAGGUGAUAGAGACAGUAUGCAACUGCUAGAAACUGAACUUUGGAUACCGGAUGGAGGAACUAUACAGUAUGGAUCGGAAUUCCUGCUGGUUCUGUUGAUGUCAGAAAUUGCUAUUGGUCCUGUGUCUAUGUCGGUGGACACGUGUGUAUUUGCAAUCAGUAAGAAGAGUUCAGUGCAGCUUAAUGGUUUUUCUACUUGUUUAGCAACAACCCUGCUGAGAGUCUGCUGGAAAAUUUUCCAUUUCCUUCUCUAGCGAUAAACAAGGUACUCAGAUUUGUAAGGCGUUAAGUGUUGAGCCUGGAGAGCCUGCCUGUCUCAGUGAGUAGAAACUAGUGAAUUAGAGACCUUUGCAAUUAGUAAACUUUUUUGUUAAGUGGCUUGUGGUUCAAUCAUUCCAGAUCCCUUUUUCUGCACUGAUAGACACUGCAAUAUAUUAUUCUUCAUGGGUGAA